GAAGCUUUGCUUGAUCCGCCACUGCCGGCAGUGCGGGCAGGAUCCAUUAGGUUUGUACAAAGUACGUAAAUCCCGACAUCAGCUACAACGUGGUGGUCAACAUAUUGCACUCGGAAAUUUCAAACAUACAACUUACCUGAGGAGGUAGUUCAUUCCCAACAAUAAGUGCAACAAACAACCAAACAUGGGUCAUACUUUCGAGCCACUCAAAAACGACCUGGUUAUCAGGACUGCCUGGGGCCAAAAAGUCGAGAGACCACCAAUAUGGAUCAUGAGACAGGCUGGCCGGUACUUGCCCGAGUAUCAUGAGGCCAAGGGCAACAGAGACUUUUUCGAGUGCUGUCGCGACCCAGAGGUGGCCUCCACCCUGACUCUACAGCCCAUCGACCGCUUCGAUGGCCUGCUUGACGCCUCCAUCAUCUUCUCCGACAUUCUUGUCAUCCCCCAGGCCAUGGGCAUGGUCGUUGAGAUGGUCGACAAGAAGGGCCCGCACUUCCCAAACCCCCUUCAGUCGCCCGACGAUGGCCAGUACGCCGAGGUGCUCGCGCGGGAUGUGGACGUCUCCAAGGAGCUGGACUACGUCUACAAGGCCAUCACCCUGACCCGUAAGAAGCUUCAGGGCCGAGUGCCGCUCAUUGGCUUCUGCGGUGCUCCCUGGACCCUGUUCUGCUACAUGGUCGAGGGUGGUGGCACCAAGCUCUUCAUCCAGAGCAAGAAAUGGAUAUUCAGGCAUCCCGAGGAGAGCAAGAAGAUGCUGCAAAAGAUCGCCGAGCUCUGCGUCGAGUAUCUCGCCCUGCAGGUUCAGGCCGGAGCACAGCUUGUCCAAGUCUUUGACUCUUGGGCAGGAGAGCUCUCUCCUGCAUCCUUCGAGCAGUUUUCUGCUCCUUACCUGCGCUAUAUUUCGGAAAACCUCCCGAAAAGGCUCAAGGAGCUGAGUCUGGAUCCCGUCCCAAUGAUUGUUUUCCCCAAGGGUGCCUGGUUCGCCCUGGAGGAUUGCUGCGCCAUGGGUUACAACGUCGUUGGGCUCGAUUGGCUCUACAGUCCUGCCAAGGCCAACCAGGUCCGAGGAGAUCGGGAAAUCGUCCUGCAGGGCAACGCCGACCCUGGAGUGCUCUACGGCACUAAGGAUGCCAUUACAGCUGCUGUCAAGGACAUGGUUGAAGGAUUUGACUGGAAGGAGAAGAAGAAGGGCUGGAUAGUAAACCUGGGCCACGGAAUUACACCGCUCGUCAACCCGGACGACCUGAAGUUUUAUCUGCAGGAGAUCCACAGACAAACCAAAGACUAGGCUAGUUCUAGUAUUCUUGCUCAGGGGAUCGGAAAAGCCUUUAAUACGCAGUAUAUACCGGAUUGGCAGCAAUAGCUUAGAGGCUGUCUAUAUCAAUCACGGACCUGCACGGGCAAUGUUAAAAGUUUGGUAACAAAAAAAAAUAACAUGCCAGGCCCUGGGGUCACAAAAAUAGACGUGAUGUGACUUACCAAGAGACACGCCAUCCCAUCUUCCCACCUAUGCUCCUACAGACUCCUGCACUUUGCCUAUUAUCAACAUGCACAUCGGCCGAGCACCAGCCGUCGCUUCCGAAACCGCCAUUGUGUGCUGUAAUGAGCUUGGUCGCCAUCGCCUUGGCUAUUCCACGUCCACGGUACGGCUCCUGGUGAGCGGUGGUUAAGUUGGUUUCUCCAUGUAAUGCGAAUUUGAUGUAGUUCAAGAUUAUCUCUUACCUCGCAAUGCAGGGUGGAUAGUGAUCCGUCGACCCCUGGAUUCGUUCACGGCUUAGCUAUAUGGCUAUAUGGUAAUAUACAUCACCAACCUGGAAUUUGUAGCGCCUAACACUUACCUAGAAAAGACCAGGCAAUAAGAAUGUCACUGUCUUUUAAGCGUAU